UGUGUUCGCCGGGCGCCGUCUCAGCCCCGGGAAGAUGGUGGCGGCGGCGGCGGCGGCCACUCAGGCGAGGCUGAGGAGGAGGACGGCGGCGACGACAGCGCCUGCGGGCAGGAACGGCGGGCAGCGCCGGGACUGGGACGCGACCGGGGCUGGGAGGCCGGGGCUGGGGGCCGGGCUGCGCCUCUCGCGGCGGCGGCUGCUGCCGCUGCUGCUGCUGCUGCUCGCGCCGCCGCUGCUGCUGCCCUGGGCGGCCGAGGCCGCGGCGGCGGCGGCGGCGGUGUCGGGCUCAGCCGCAGCCGAGGCCAAGGAAUGUGACCGACCCUGUGUCAACGGCGGCCGCUGCAACCCUGGCACCGGCCAGUGCGUCUGCCCCGCUGGCUGGGUGGGCGAGCAAUGCCAGCACUGCGGGGGCCGCUUCAGACUAACUGGAUCUUCUGGGUUUGUAACAGAUGGACCUGGAAAUUAUAAAUAUAAAACGAAGUGCACAUGGCUCAUUGAAGGACAGCCAAAUAGAAUAAUGAGACUUCGUUUCACUCAUUUUGCUACAGAGUGUAGUUGGGACCAUUUAUAUGUUUAUGAUGGAGACUCAAUUUAUGCCCCACUAGUUGCUGCCUUUAGCGGUCUCAUCGUUCCCGAGAGAGAUGGCAACGAGACUGUCCCUGAGGUCGUUGCCACAUCAGGUUAUGCCCUGCUGCAUUUUUUUAGUGAUGCUGCUUAUAAUUUGACUGGAUUUAAUAUCACUUACAAUUUUGACAUGUGUCCGAACAACUGCUCAGGCCGAGGAGAAUGUAAGAGCAGUAAUAGCAGCAACACUGUCCAGUGUGAGUGUUCGGAAAACUGGAAAGGGGAAGCAUGCGACAUUCCUCACUGUGUCCAUGACUGUGGUUUUCCUGAUCGAGGCGUUUGCAAUUCGAGUGAUGUCAGAGGAUGCUCCUGCUUCCCCGAGUGGCAGGGUCCUGGAUGUUCAAUUCCUGUACCAGCUAACCAGUCGUUUUGGACUCGAGAGGAAUAUUCAAACCUAAAGCUCCCCAGAGCCUCUCACAAAGCUGUGGUCAAUGGAAAUAUAAUGUGGGUUGUUGGAGGAUAUAUGUUCAACCACUCAGAUUACAACAUGGUUCUAGCGUAUGACCUUGCUUCUAGGGAGUGGCUUACCCUGAACCAUUCCGUGAACAGUGUGGUUGUCAGAUAUGGCCAUUCUUUAGCAUUAUACAAGGAUAAAAUUUACAUGUAUGGAGGAAAAAUUGAUUCAACAGGGAAUGUGACCAAUGAGUUGAGAGUGUUCCAUAUUCAUAAUGAGUCAUGGGUAUUGUUGACCCCUAAAGCCAAGGAGCAGUAUGCAGUGGUCGGGCACUCGGCGCACAUUGUCACACUGAAAACUGGCCGAGUGGUCAUGCUGGUCAUCUUUGGUCAUUGCCCUCUCUAUGGAUAUAUAAGCAAUGUACAGGAAUAUGACUUGGCUAAGAACACAUGGAGUAUAUUACAAACCAGCGGUGCCCUUGUCCAAGGGGGCUAUGGUCAUAGCAGUGUCUACGACCACAGGACCAAGGCCCUGUAUGUUCAUGGGGGCUACAAGGCUUUCAGCGCCAAUAAAUACCGGCUCGCAGAUGAUCUCUACAGAUACGAUGUGGACACCCAGAUGUGGACCAUUCUUAAGGACAGCCGAUUUUUCCGUUACUUACACACAGCUGUGAUAGUGAGUGGAACCAUGCUGGUGUUUGGAGGAAACACACACAAUGACACAUCCAUGAGCCAUGGUGCCAAAUGCUUCUCUUCGGAUUUUAUGGCUUAUGACAUUGCUUGUGACCGCUGGUCAGUGCUUCCCAGACCUGAUCUCCACCAUGAUGUCAACAGAUUUGGCCAUUCAGCAGUCUUACACAACAGCACCAUGUAUGUAUUUGGUGGUUUCAAUAGUCUCCUUCUCAGUGACAUCCUUGUAUUCACCUCAGAAAGGUGUGGAGCACACCGGAGCGAAGCUGCUUGCCUGGCAGCAGGACCUGGCAUCCGGUGUGUGUGGGAUACAGGGUCAUCUCAGUGUAUCUCCUGGGAGUUGGCAUCUGAAGCACAAGAAGAAAAGUUCAAAUCAGAAUGUUUUUCCAGAAGAACUCUUGACCACGACAGAUGUGACCAGCACACGGAUUGUUACAGCUGCACAGCCAACACCAAUGACUGUCACUGGUGUAGUGACCAUUGUGUCCCCGUGAACCACAGCUGCACAGAAGGCCAGAUCUCCAUUUCCAGAUACGAGAAUUGUCCCAAGGAUAACCCCAUGUACUACUGUAACAAGAAGACCAGCUGCAGGAGCUGUGCCCUGGACCAGAACUGCCAGUGGGAGCCCCGCAAUCAGGAAUGCAUCGCCCUGCCCGAAAAUAUCUGUGGCAUUGGCUGGCAUUUGGUCGGAAACUCCUGUUUGAAAAUUACUACUGCCAAGGAGAAUUAUGACAAUGCUAAAUUGUCCUGUAGGAACCACAAUGCCUUUUUGGCUUCUCUUACAACCCAGAAGAAGGUAGAAUUUGUCCUUAAGCAGCUGCGAAUAAUGCAGUCAUCACAGAGCAUGUCCAAGCUCACCUUAACCCCAUGGGUUGGCCUUCGGAAGAUCAAUGUGUCCUACUGGUGCUGGGAAGAUAUGUCCCCAUUCACAAAUACUUUGCUCCAGUGGAUGCCGUCUGAGCCCAGUGAUGCUGGAUUCUGUGGAAUCUUGUCAGAACCCAGUACUCGGGGCUUGAAGGCUGCAACCUGCAUCAACCCACUCAAUGGCAGUGUCUGUGAAAGGCCUGCGAACCACAGCGCGAAGCAGUGCCGGACGCCGUGUGCCCUGCGGACGGCGUGUGGAGAGUGUACCAGCGGCAGCUCUGAGUGCAUGUGGUGCAGCAACAUGAAGCAGUGCGUGGACUCCAAUGCCUACGUGGCCUCCUUCCCUUUUGGCCAGUGUAUGGAGUGGUACACCAUGAGCAGCUGCCCCCCUGAAAAUUGUUCAGGCUAUUGUACCUGCAGCCAUUGCUUGGAGCAGCCAGGCUGUGGCUGGUGCACUGAUCCCAGCAACACGGGCAAAGGCAGAUGCAUAGAGGGCUCCUAUAAAGGACCAGUGAAGAUGCCUUCCCAGGCCCCUGUGGGGAAUUCCUACCCCCAGCCCCUUCUCAAUGCCAGCAUGUGCCUGGAGGACAGCAGAUACAACUGGUCUUUCAUUCAUUGUCCAGCAUGCCAGUGCAAUGGCCACAGCAAGUGCAUUAAUCAGAGUAUCUGUGAGAAGUGUGAGAACCUGACCACAGGCAAGCACUGCGAGACCUGCAUAUCUGGCUUCUAUGGUGAUCCCACCAACGGGGGGAGAUGUCAGCCAUGCAAGUGCAAUGGGCAUGCAUCUCUCUGUAACACCAACACGGGCAAGUGCUUCUGCACCACCAAGGGCGUCAAGGGGGACGAGUGCCAGCUAUGUGAGGUAGAAAAUCGAUACCAGGGAAACCCUCUCAAAGGAACAUGUUAUUAUACUCUUCUCAUUGAUUAUCAGUUCACCUUCAGCCUAUCCCAGGAAGAUGACCGCUAUUACACAGCCAUCAAUUUUGUGGCUACGCCUGAUGAACAAAACAGGGAUUUGGACAUGUUCAUCAAUGCCUCCAAAAACUUCAACCUCAACAUCACCUGGGCCGCCAGCUUCUCAGCUGGAACCCAGGCUGGAGAAGAGAUGCCUGUUGUUUCAAAAACCAACAUUAAGGAGUACAAAGAUAGCUUCUCUAAUGAGAAGUUUGAUUUUCGCAACCACCCAAAUAUCACUUUCUUCGUUUAUGUCAGUAAUUUUACCUGGCCCAUCAAAAUUCAGAUCGCCUUCUCCCAGCACAGCAAUUUUAUGGACCUGGUACAGUUCUUCGUGACUUUCUUCAGUUGUUUCCUCUCUUUGCUCCUGGUGGCUGCUGUGGUUUGGAAGAUCAAACAAAGUUGUUGGGCCUCCAGGCGUAGAGAGCAACUUCUUCGAGAGAUGCAGCAGAUGGCCAGUCGUCCCUUUGCCUCCGUAAAUGUUGCCUUGGAAACAGAUGAAGAGCCUCCUGAUCUUAUUGGGGGGAGUAUAAAGACUGUUCCCAAACCCAUUGCCCUGGAGCCGUGUUUUGGCAACAAAGCUGCUGUCCUCUCUGUGUUUGUGAGGCUCCCUCGAGGGCUCUGUGGAAUCCCUCCUCCUGGGCAGUCAGGUCUCGCGGUGGCCAGCGCCCUCGUGGACAUUUCUCAGCAGAUGCCGAUGGUGUACAAAGAGAAGUCAGGAGCCGUGAGAAACCGGAAGCAGCAGCCCCCCGCGCAGCCCGGGACCUGCAUCUGAGGCCGGGCGGGGACUCUCCGUG